AACACCUAACGUCAUAAAGGACACAAACUGAGCUGAUUGAAACAUCCUGAAAAAAGUCCACAUUCAUCCUUUCGUCCUUUCACUCCUUCAUUUUCUGAUGUUUUACUCUUCUUUAUUUUGUGGUUUGUUUAUGUUAUGUUAGGAAAUCAUUGUAAGUUAGCGGAUAAAUAUGAGUCUAACGAGCAGAAAUCGAUUGAGUAUAUUAGACAAGCCUCUGAGCAAAGGAAAAGGAGAAGUUUCCUUGAGUUGCUUUGCCUUAUUAUUUUCUGAAGCAGUUCAGUAUUGCCAGAACAAAUCUCAAACUAUUCCAGAACUCCAGAACAGGUUACACGAUCUUGGUAGAACUGUUGGCGUAAAACUUAUUGAUCUUUAUUUUAUACGAGAACGAGGAGGUAAAAGAGAAAUCAAGUUGUUGAAUAUUCUUCUUUUUGUUAAGUCAACUUUAUGGAAAGCUCUGUUUGGCAAGGAAGCCGAUAAAUUGGAACAUUCCAAUGAUGAUGAAAACACAUACUAUUUGAUGGAAAAAGAUCCUCUAGUAAAUCGAUUCAUCUCAGUACCACGUGAUAAGAGUAGUCUGAAUUGUGCUGUGUUCAUAGCUGGAAUUGUUGAGGCAGUUUUGACAGGAACUGGAUUUCCAGCCAAAGUAACUGCCCACUGGCAUAAAGGAACCACUUACAUGGUAAAAUUUGAUGAGACAGUGUUAGCGAGAGAUAAGAACUUAGAGGAGAAGUAGAUAUAGUUAAUUCAAUGUUAAAUUAUAAAAUAUUGUAAAUAAUAAUAAAUAUAUAACUGAAAUUAGUU